GCCCAAUUGUGUCCGCGGAAGAAGCUAAAGCACGCCGCGGAGCUUAGGCCUUGACCACUAUUCCCGCUGAUAAGAGAGAACUUGAGCGGUUUCGCUUUUUGUUUGUUUUGUCUCUUGCAGGCAGCACAGCGAUACGGAAGCCACAAUUAAAACGUCCAGAAAUCUUCCCCCGAACAUUUGAAUUCCGAAACAAGUGCCGCCCGAACCAGAAUCCCCCCAACCGCAUGAUAGUGUUGUUGUUUUGCAUCUGUUCCCAGGCCCUUGCCGGAUUUUUAGAUUUGCGGGUUUGCGCCGCCCAGUCACUUAAAAGCCAGACGAAUUAAACGCGCCAGAUUAAAAAAACAAAAACAGAAGCCGAGACCAGUUCCACAUCGUGCCAUUUUUAUCUGGGCAUACGUACGUGAUUACGUGAUUAGCGUGGCGGGGGCUGCGGUUUAUCAAUAGCAAGAGCAACAAUGGUUUCCUAUUUCGUACCUCGUGGCCGCUUCCUGCUGAAGGCCGGCAAUCUCAGACAGGUGGUGCAGCAACAGCACCAGCCGGCCCAGUUACAGUUACAGCCGAUCAAAGGACCCCAGCCGCAGCCUCAGAACGGCAGCCUCCCGGUGGUGCGUCACUUCCGGCAAUUCUCCUCGAAUCCCGCCUCCAAGGAGGCACCACUCCACCACCGGCGUCCGCACCAAAAACAGCAGCCCAAUCCCAGCCAGGAGUUGGCCCAGCUCCGGCGCAAUAUCCUAUCACGCUGGACGGGCUUCCUGCUGCGCUGGGCGCCCAUGGGCAUAUGCGUCUUUGGCGCCAUCGAAUGGCAGCUGCAGAAGCAGCGCUGCGAGCGGGAUGGUCAGCCCAGGACAGCCUCUGAGUUGCAGUCGCGCAUUUACUGCUCUUUGCCGCUGCGUAUCCUCAGCCGCUGCUGGGGCUGGCUGGCCGCUUGCUACUUACCACCCAGUCUGCGACCCUAUGUCUACGGCUGGUAUUCCAACACGUUCAACGUCAAUCUGAGCGAGGCCCAGUAUCCGGAGUACGAGCACUACAACAGCCUGGCCGAGUUCUUCACCAGGCCACUGAGAGAAGGUGUGCGCACCAUCAAUCAGGAAGCUCCACUGGUCUCCCCCGCCGACGGCAAGGUUCUGCACUUUGGCAGCGCCUCGGACUCGCUGAUCGAGCAGGUCAAGGGAGUAAACUACAGCAUCGAAGACUUCCUUGGCCCGCUGCAGACUCUGGAGCAGGCCAAUUCCGGCGCCUCCUACGCGCAGGCACUAAAGAAGCAAAACGAUGGCUCCACGGAGCUGUACCAGUGCGUGAUAUACCUUGCCCCCGGAGAUUACCACAGAUUCCACUCACCCGCCGCCUGGACGCCCACUAUCCGUCGUCAUUUCUCCGGCGAACUGCUGUCUGUAAGCCCAAAAGUAGCUGGCUGGCUGCCUGGUCUAUUCUGCCUUAACGAACGUGUCCUGUACAUGGGCCAGUGGAAGCAUGGUUUCUUCUCCUACACCGCCGUAGGUGCCACGAACGUGGGAUCCGUCGAAAUCUACAUGGAUGCCGAGCUGAAGACGAACCGUUGGACUGGCUUCAAUGUCGGCAAGCAUCCGCCCAGCACCUACGAGUAUGAUGAACUGGCCCUGGACAAAGAACCCACUGGACCGCCCAAAGAGUUUGGUAAGGGUGACCUGGUGGGUCAGUUCAACAUGGGCAGCACCAUUGUCCUGCUCUUCGAGGCGCCCAAAAACUUCAAGUUCGACAUUGUCGCCGGCCAGAAGAUCCGAGUGGGCGAGUCGCUCGGCCACAUUGCGGGCACCAAAUGAAAGGAAUAUCCCGAAUCCUGUACCGAAUCAGUGCAAAGUCCUGUCACCCGUCUGUUCACAUCACUCGUUGUAUUAGCAUUAGACGCUCGUGUCCUAGGCAAAUGUAUUUUGUGAACAUCCUGCGAAGCUAACACUGUGUAUUGUUGCCAUUUCUGUAGUCUUAAGCUAUAUUUUAUACAAUAAAACGUCGAAAUAUCUUUGAGAA